UCCUGGCCUCAGCUUCUUCACCUAUACAUUUGACCGCCGGGCUGCUGGACCUCCCCGUUUCUGUUCCGCUCUGAAGCCGUCUCAUCUGCGCCUGGAGUGCUGCAGUGUUUGCGUAGACUUUUUGUUUUUUACGUUUCUUUGGACAAAAGCGUCUGCCAAAUAAAAUGUAACGUAAUGUACUAAUGCAAUUCCGGUCAGAGCUGUAUUUCGCCGCUUUGAAUCUCGCGCAUUUUGCACGAGCUGGGCCUCGGAGAUCCUCCAUUCCUCUUCUUUUCUCUUCCUCUUAUUUACCCACGACUCGUAAGUAACACCGUAAUUCUAAAUUCACCAGCUUUCCGCAAUAGGAGCUUCACUUCUGCACACCUUUAAACAGAAAUAUGAUGCGGGGAGUCUGCCUGAGACAAGACACUGAAUUGACAUUACCAGAGCUCACUGAGCAGCACAGGAUCAGACCGAAAGAAGAGGAACUCAGUGGACUGGAGUCUGUGCAUACGACAGAGUCAGAGACAGAGUGUACUGCCCCAGGACUCAGCACACUGGACCCGGAGUGUGUUACAGCACACAGUGGGGUCAGUGCUGUGCACCACACAGACAUGUCAUUGAUAAAAACAGAAGCCUAUCUGGGCUGUCCACACACUGGGUAUCUUAAGACUGAGAGCCUUGACUUUACAGACCAAAUCAAAACAGAGACUGAUGAUGGAGGCUACAUUCAGGCUGAACACAUCAGUGUCUUGCAAGACAUAGAAUGUUUUGACAUUAAAUCUGAUAAUGUGAAGUUUGAAUCCAGUGAGAUUUUAGUGAGUGAACCCAUGAACACUGUGCUUAAUGGAGCUAUUGAUGCUCCCCAAGGCCAGACUGAACCAUGGCCAUGUGCAGGAGAGCUAAAUCCAAACCACAAAAAACCCGCCAAAGAACAGGACUGUUCCACCCAGCAUGUCAGAUGCCUUAAAAAGACACCAGAAUUAAUCCAGGACCAGAGAAACUAUAUAGGUGAAAACCCCCACCAGUGCUCUCAGUGUGGGAACCGUUUUGCUGAUUCAUCUGCUUUGCUUAUACACCUGAGAAUUCAUGCAGGUGAAAAGCCCUACAAGUGUACUGAGUGUGGGAAGUUUUUUUCUCGUAAAUCUCAUUUAAGAAGGCACCAGAGAAUUCAUGCAGGUGAAAAGCCCUACAAAUGUGAUCAGUGUGAGAAGUGUUUUUUAAUGAAAGCUACUUUAAACAUCCAUCAGAGAAUUCAUACAGGUGAAAGGCCCUACAAGUGUACUGAGUGUGGACAGUGUUUUCAUGACAAAGGUGCUUUAAAUAAGCAUCAGAAGAUUCAUACAGGUGAAAAGUCCUACAAAUGUGAUCAGUGUGGGAAGUGUUUUUUAAGGAAAGCUGCUUUAAACAUCCAUCUGGGAAUUCAUACAGGUGAAAAGCCCUACAAAUGUGAUAGGUGUGGGAAGUGUUUUUUAACAAAAGCUGCUUUAAACAUCCAUUAUAGAAUUCAUACAGGUGAAAAGUCCUACACAUGUAAUCAGUGUGAAAAGUGUUUCUUAAGGAAAGCUACUUUAAACAUCCAUCAGAGAAUUCAUACAGGUGAAAAGCCCUACAAGUGUACGGCGUGUGGAAAGUGUUUUCUUGAGAACAGUAAUUUAAAUAAGCAUCUGAGAAUUCAUACAGGUGAAAAGCCCUACAAAUGUGGUCAGUGUGAGAAGUGUUUUUUAAUUAAAGAUACUUUAACCAUCCAUCAGAGAAUUCAUACAGGUGAAAGACCCUACAAAUGUGAUCAGUGUGAGAAGUGUUAUUUAAGGAAAGCUACUUUAAACAUUCAUCAGAAGAUUCAUACAGGUGAAAAGCCUUACAAAUGUGGUCAGUGUGAGAAGUGUUUUUUAACGAAAGAUACUUUAAACGUCCAUCAGAGAGUUCAUACAGGUGAAAAACCCUACAAAUGUGAUCAGUGUGAGAAGUGUUUUUUAACAAAAGCUGCUUUAAACAUCCAUCUGAGAAUUCAUACAGGUGAAAAGCCCUACACAUGUGCACAAUGUGGGAAGUUCUUUGUUUGUAAAUCUAAUUUAAAUAGGCACCAGAAAAUUCAUGCAGGUCAAAACCCCUAAGCAUUUACAUGGUGUUAACACCUCUAUUGCCUUCCCUUAUAUAUUUAUUGAGACAAGAGUGAUAACAAGCUGCACAGAGUUUUGUUUCUCUGCCUUCUGUAUAGUUAUAACUUUGCUGAGGUGGAGACUUGAUCAACAAGAGUGUCAGUUUGAACGAUUAAUGUGUUCUCUUUAAAUUAUUGAACAGGAAGCAUUAAAUUCAUGAUGCACAAGUACAAGCACAGGCUACCAAGCAGGGAAAAUGCCUAGAAAUGUUAUAAUGUGUACUUUGCCAGGCAAUCCAUGAAUGUAUCACUGUGAAUACUGAUCAAUGUCACGCUAAUACAGACCAAAUGGCCACUUGUAACCUGAAUGUCCUAUAGCCGAAAGAAGUCAAAGACAGUUUGAUAUCCCUUUCUCACACACAAUGCAGGAUGUACAAACUAUAUUGAACAUGGGAUCAACCCACGUUGACCCAUUUACACUUGCCAUUUACACCCGACCCGGGGCUUUCCCCUGGUCUGCAAGUUUACUUUUGUUGGUCUACAUGUCACUGCAGAAGAGGGCUGUCAUCCGUUCGGUAUCAUUAGAAGCGGACCUUAUGUCCCUGUGAACUGAUCUGUAGGCUAUAUUAUUUUCUUGCAAUAAAAAGAAAAAUACAUUUUUUAGCGGAUGUUCAUGGGUUUAUUUUGGCGAUUUGGCCAGACUGCACAUGAUCUGGUGUUUUGGGCCAGGUGUUAUUUCAUUUUAUAGGAUUUAUUCACUUAGGACAGUCACCUAAUGUAAGCUUAAUGCUAGUAUACAGUAUAUGUUUCAUGUUCAAGCAUCUAUGCGAUCAAGAAGUGCAGAAUUUAUGGCUGAAAUGGCUAGAAGUCACAGGACAAUCUAUCUAUGACCAAGUCUCAGUUCGUAGCAGAGAUGACCAGAUUUUUAAUUGUGCCAUUAAUCUGAGAUGGUGCCCCUGGAUUUUCCUGAACAAAUUCCUUCACGGUGCUUCUGUCCCAAACCAUGACGGUUGCUGUCAGUCUCUUUCUGGUGGGCUAUAUCUCUGCCCCCUGAAAUUGACACAUGACACCAACAACACUCCUGGCAGUGGGCUAUACUUGGUAGAGCUAAAAGCUCAAACUUGGAACUGGGCAUGAUGUGUCCUUGAACAGCAGCAUACUGAAAGUGAACAGUUACCUGCUCUCUCUGAAUGGCUGUUUUGUUCUAUUAUAUAAAAUAAAUAAGAACAUUAAACUCAA